AUGGGUGUGAGUGAUACACCUACCCUGGAUAAGCACCUCAGCAGACAGCAGGAGACCAGGACACCGGUGGUUGCCAAGAACAAAGACCUAUUGAUCCUCACCUAUGGAGCUCUGGUUGCCCAACUGUGUAAGGAUUAUGAAAAAGAGGAAGAUGUGAACAAAUACUUAGAUAAAAUGGGAUAUGGCAUUGGAACACGGCUGGUGGAAGACUUUUUGGCUCGGUCCAGUCUAAGAAGAUGCCACAGUUAUUCAGAAGUUACACAUAUAAUUGCUGAGGUUGCUUUUAAGAUGUAUUUGGGAGUUACACCAAGUGUGACCUGUAAAAACUCAAGCAGAAAUGAAUUUUCACUGAUUCUGGACAAGACUCCUCUAUCGGAAUUUGUGGAAAUGCUCCCUGCUGGGCGGUCUUCUCUGUGCUACUGCAGUUUACUCUGUGGCAUCAUCAGAGGGGCCCUGGAAAUGGUUCAUUUGGCUGCUGAUGUCACAUUCUUGCAAGACAAACUGAAAGGUGAUAGUGUGACGGAAAUAGGAAUAACAUUUUUAAAACAGCCAGAGGAGAAAAAGUACAGAUGGAAACAAUAA